AUGAUGGAAAUGACAGCAGGGUAUCCGGGCCAAUCGGGGCCUCUCCCAAUUAAAAUGAUGGCUAUAUCUGAUGUUGAAAAUGCUCACAGACGUAACUCAAAUCGUCAUCCUCCAGUUUCAGCAACAUUUUCAGCUGGACACGGAAGCUUGUAUGGAAGCAAUGAUUAUCAACUUCCCGAUCCAAAUGCAGGAAAAAUGAGUAAUAGGAACUAUCUUGUGUACAAGCAAGACGAUAAAGAAUCGAGCGAUGCCUCAACAUGUGGAAAAAUCCUUAUCUUUUUAUCAUGGGUUAUGGUGUUCUUAACGAUGCCAUUUAGUUUAUUGGUAUGCUUCAAGGUCGUUCAGGAAUACGAACGUGCUGUAAUUUUCCGGUUGGGAAGAUUGAUGGCUGGAGGUGCCAAAGGCCCAGGAAUAUUUUUCAUCUUGCCAUGUAUUGACGCUUAUGCUCGUGUUGAUUUACGUACACGAACAUAUGAUGUUCCUCCCCAAGAAGUUCUGACAAAAGACAGCGUCACAGUAAGCGUCGAUGCUGUUGUGUAUUACCGUGUAAACAAUGCUACAAUAUCCAUUGCCAAUGUCGAAAAUGCCCAUCAUUCGACACGAUUGUUGGCACAGACCACUCUGCGUAACACGAUGGGCACACGGCAUUUGCACGAGAUCUUGAGCGAACGAAUGACAAUUUCUGGAAGUAUGCAGCUUUCAUUGGAUGAAGCAACGGAUGCAUGGGGUAUUAAAGUUGAACGUGUUGAAAUUAAGGAUGUUCGUUUGCCAGUACAAUUGCAAAGAGCUAUGGCUGCAGAGGCCGAAGCAUCAAGAGAAGCUCGUGCAAAGGUAAUUGCUGCUGAGGGUGAACAAAAAGCUUCACGCGCCCUCCGGGAAGCUUCGGAAAUUAUUGGCGAUUCACCUGCUGCUUUACAACUUAGAUAUCUUCAGACAUUGAAUACAAUUUCUACAGAAAAGAAUUCUACGAUCGUUUUCCCUCUUCCUAUUGAUUUGCUCACUUUUUUUAUGAAAAAAACCGAGGCUCAAUAA